UAAAUUUAUUUGAAACGCCUGAAGAUGAACAUUUUGAUGCUAACGAUUCUGUUCAAAAAACAGUAGUUAUUAUUCAGAAUAAUGGGGAUGAGCCUAUCUAUAUUCCAAAUGAUAAACGCAAAUUAUUAUCUCUUGACACGACUAGUGAACAAAAAAUCACACUUUUUCGUGUGUAUUGCAGAAAAGUUGGCACAGCUAUAACAUAUUCUCCAGAAACGG